AAAACGCAAAUGUUGGUGAAAGUGAAAAGUGGGAAUGUGAUAAAACUCAUUGAUAUAAACACAGAUACCAGAGCGAAAGAUGUGCGUGAUUUCAUUUGUUCAAAAUUCGGCAUUGCGUACAAUAUCUCAAUAAAAUUUCUGGACCGGGAUAAAGUUCCAAUAGAGGAAGACCAAAUAGUAUCUACAAUUAAGCAGUUUGGAAGUUGCUCCUGUUUUUUGCUAGAAAUUUUAGACAAAGCAGAAAAUAAAUUCAAUGACAAGGCAAUAAGCUCUAGUUUUGAAGCUAUCGGAAAUGAAGCAUUAUUGGACUUUCUUAAGGAAGGUGAUGGUGCUCAUAUACUGGAGGAAUACAACCAAACAAAAACAUUAAGUGAUGCCUCACGCCGAAUAUUGGUGCGUGAAGCUGUAAACUUUCUGCGCAAAGUUUGUGGUAAUUAUCCAUCUCGGCAACAAAAAAUAGCUCUUGCAAAAGCCAUUAUCGCCAAUUUUCCAGUUUACAAAUGCAGCGCAAGCGAGAUAGGAGGAAUUGAUCUCUUUUACAAUCCCGCGGAAAAUUCAGGAUACCUGGUUUCAAAGCUAAAAAAUUUUAAUAGAAAAAGGCGCACGAAUCUUAGCCAGAGUUCAAGUGAAUCAAAUACAGAUGGACGUAAGAGCACAGCAGAGGAAUUUGAUGUAGAUUUCUUCAGAAAUUGUGUCGUUGGAGGGAACUCUGAAGAUAUAAAGCAAAAAUUGAAAACAACGCUGAAUGAGAGAAUUCGAUAUUGCACCCUACAUCUUGAUGUUUUGAAAGCUUUUCCGAUUUUUCGAUACGAUCCAUCCCUGAUUUCAUUCGAUUUUGAACUGCGCUACAAUCGUUUAAUAGCCAACAGCCUAAUUACUUCUUGGCGAAGUUAUUUAAAAUUCACAGGAGACGUUUUGAAAGAUACUAUUGGAAGCUGUUUAAUACCAGAGUGGUUUAUUGAAAUCAAACCGUUUUUACAUCUGCUACGACUACUACCUUCAUUUACACUACGCUCAAAGGAAAAUAAACAAAAACGAGUAAAUUUCGAAUCAACCAUCAAUAAAUUUAUAAAUUUUCAGAAUAUAAAUACACCCAUAGACGACUUCGAAUUACACAGCAAGCAGCCCACAAUCGUAGCAUCUGGAAAAAGUACGGAGGAAAUUGUUCAGUAUUUUAUUUUAAUUGACGGUAAAGCUUUACAUGUGCCUAUAACAUAUACUUUCAUUGAGGUAUUUGAUUUAUAUUUUAAGUCAUUUUAUGUAUUCCAUAUAGAAUUCGAUCCAGCAUUGUCAAACUUUUUAAAAUUUUUUUCUAAGUUCAUUUACAAAGUUGAACCGAAUGUAAAGUGUUCUAAUCGAGUUCUUGAGAUCUAUAUGAAGUUCAAAAGCAAAAUUGAUGCUGAACGAUCAGUAAUUUAAAAAAUGGGAUAUUUUUGUUUUAUAUGUAAGAAACUCUUUGAAAAAUUAUCAUUUGUUGUCUUUCAUUUAAGACACGAGCAUUUUCUUUCUGAAAGGCAUGGUUUACAGCUGGCUUGUGCAUCUUCCGAAAACUGUAAAAAGACUUUUUGUACAUUUAAUUCAUUACGUCGACAUUCUUCACAAUGUGAUAUUGAUAAAAAUACGAAAACUGUUUGUGAGGACAACCAAAGCUCACAAAAUGGCAUCGAUCUAAAUACAAACCCCGGAUGCUCAAACGCAUUAACUAAUUUGCAUUGCCCGAGUGAAGAAUCCCCUCCUGCAUCAUUACAAAAUGAUGAAUCAUUAUCGUACUUAUCAGUAUUUUGUGAACAGUUGAGCAUCAAUGCUAAUACAGAAGCCAGUGCAAACAAAUUAAUUAAGCACUUUGAAAAUGCUUUUUUCGAAGGUAUAGAAGAGUUAAAGAGCUAUAUUUUAUGUGCACACAGUGAAAUACAAACGAGACAUUUCCAAAUGAAUUGCGAUAGAUUCAAAGUUUCUUAUAAAAAUAAGUUAAGUAAAUACUCAAGUAAAUUUAAAAGAGAGGGUAUAAUUUCAAAAUCGGCUCAUUUUGUACAACCCAUACCUUGCUCUCUAGGAGGUCGCUGGAUAAUGAAAAAAAGAAGGGAUUGUAAUUCUUUAGUUAGAGUUUUCGUUCAAACGUACUUUCAAUAUAUUCCGAUAAUCGAAACACUAAGAAAUCUUUUUAAAAAUGAGCUCUUUACGAAUUUGUAUUUUAAUAAUGAUCACACGUGCAGUUUAGAGAUGCUAGAGAAUUUUUGCUGUUCAGAGAAUUUCAGUUCAUCCAAUUUUUUUCAGCAGAAUCCAAACGCUUUACAAAUUCAAAUUUUUUAUGAUGAUUUUGAAAUUGUUAAUCCGCUGGGAAGCAAAAAGGGUUUGCAUAAAAUCGGUGCACUAUAUUUUACAAUUAGAAAUUUACCGUAUCAGUACAAUUCAAAGUUGGAGAAUAUUCACUUGUUGGCUCUUUUUAAUUGCGCAUAUUUAAAAAAUGAAAAUGUUACUUUCAAUGAUAUUCUUCAUCCAAUUGUAAAGGAUCUACUAGUUCUUGAAAGCGUAGGGCUUAAUGUUAAUGGGAUUAAUCUAAAAGGUACCAUCGUUUCUAUAGCACAUGACAAUUUAGGUGCGAAUACAUGUCUAGGUUUUGUCACUUCGUUUCGUGCAAAGCAUUACUGCAGAUUCUGUACCGCAAGCCGUGAGGAAGCUAGUCAUACCUUGGAGGAAAAUCCUCAGCUUUUAAGGAAAAAGACUGAAUAUGAUAAAAUGCUUUCUGUAGGUACACAUGCUGAUAAUUCUGAGUUGGAAGCUUCGAAAGGUGUAAAGGAAUUAUCGGCAUUUAAUCAAUUAACUUUUUACCACAGCAUAGAAAACAAUAACGUUGAUGUAAUGCAUGAUGUUUUGGAAGGUGCUGUUCCCUUUAUUUUAAAACACUUUUUUGAAAAGGUAAUACAGGAAAAAAUUCUUUCAAUUGAUAAUAUAAACUAUAAAAUACAGACUUUUCAUUUUGGGUUUUUGUAUAGGACUGAAGUUCCCCCAAAGGUUGUUAUAAAAAAAUCAAACACUUCAAUAGGACUAACUGCUUCUCAAAAUUUAUGCCUCAUAAUACAUUUUCCACUAAUUUUCUUCGAUAUUCAGUCGCGUUUGCCAAAUUUAUGGCACGGAGUAAUUUCAUUGUUAAAAAUUAUUAAUAUAGUCAUGUCUCCAAUUAUUCAUAAAAAGUAUAUUGAAGUAUUAAAAGAAAACAUAAAAGAUCAUCUUAAAUGUAUUAUACAACAAUAUAAAGUAAAUUUGUUACCUAAACACCACUUUUUAACGCACUACCCAUCGGUUAUUAGAAAGUUAGGUCCUGUUGUCCAUACAUGGGCCAUGAGAUAUGAGGCUAAACAUCAUGAAAUUCUAAGGCAGGCGAAACUCACAAAUAAUUUUCAAAACAUAUGUAAAUCGCUAGCGAAAAAGUAUCAGAUGAAAAUGAGCGUGCUGUGGAAAGCGACUUUAAUAAAUGCAUUAUCAGUAGGGAGAAAAAGUUUUAUAAAUAGUACUAAUCUAAAUGAAAAUGUAAAAUUUUGUCUAUCAAAGGUUUUACCAGAAUACGAAACAUGUAACAUAUAUUCUUCAACUUGGAUUGAAUAUAAAUACGGAUAUCGUUAUAGAACUGACUUUAUGCUUUAUUUGAAACGAGAAAACGAAACGCUUAUAUUUGCACAAAUAAAAGAUAUUUAUAUUAUUAAUAAUAAUAUAUUAUUUUAUGUUCAAUAUUAUACUACCACAACUUUUGAUGAUAUUCUUAAUAUUUACGAGGUGUCUCCUUCGAAAAAUAAGGAGAUAAUCCCCUUUGACAACCUGAAAUUUAAAAAGCCUUAUGAUUGUUAUCAUAUUAAUUCUAAUAUAUACAUAAUAAUAACGGAUGUAAUUUUUAUCUAAAUAAUAUAUGUAAAUAGUUUUUGAACUGAAUAAAAAAUGAAUUAAAAACGAGU